UUUGCAGUUCGGCUGGCUAUCUUUGCGAUAUGGUGGGUCGAGAUGGCGCAAUUCGUCUAGAUCCCUUCUCAUCUCCUCUUGGCUGAAUGCCACAAGUGCCGCCAUCACCACCACCAUUGGCUUGGGGAGCGGCAUACAUGUCAUUCGGCAUCUUAGUUGUCUCGAACCGGCUUGCUUUUGGAUACAAAUGAUGCCGUCCCAAGUGCAUGGCAUUGGGAUCCGGAUUUCGUGAUGGGUAGGGUUGAUGUCGUUCUUUUGGCUGGGCGUGAUUUGACACAGAGUAGAUAGAUGGGCGUUUUAGGACGGAGUUGUCUGGGAUUUGAUUGCAUGGGAGCUUCACUCUUUUUCUUUUCUUUUUACACUUGGAUACAGCAUGUCAGAUCAAGAAAAGGCCGUUCUUGAGCGAGGACUACAGAGUGAUGCAAGUUCCAAUGAUGUGAGCAGUAUUGAGAAAGAUGUUGCAGGUUUACGGGCGAGAAAAAAAGUCGAUUUGACGGUAUUGCCGUUGCUCUUCCUGGGGCUACUGGUCUUCCAACUCGAUCGCAUGAACCUCGCCUCAGCACUGACAGAUGGCUUUGCGAAACAAAUCGAAGUCAAUCAGAAUACCAUCAAUCUUGGUAAUCAGCUCAUGUUUCUGGGGAUUGUGGUUCUUGAGAUCCCAUCAAACAUGAUACUGCAGCGAAUUGGACCUCGUAAAUGGAUAUCGGCACAAGUUUUCAUCUUCGGUCUGGUUGCGACACUUCAAGUUUUUGUGAAGGAUAGAACCGGAUUUCUGCUUUCCCGUGCGUUUUUAGGACUUUGCGAAGCGGGUUACAUUCCUGGCGGAAUCUACACACUAUCCACAUGGUACACGAAAGGUGAAUUGGCGAAAAGAGUCGCAGUAUUUUUCUUCGGGAUGUUCGGAGGGAACGCGAUCAGUCCGCUACUUGCUUCAGGUAUUUUGAAGCUUGGUGGACGAGGAGGCUUACGCGGUUGGCAAUGGCUGUUUUUGCUGGAAGGCUGCUUUACCAUGUGUGUCUCAAUUGUACUCCUCCUCUUGCUCCCGGGUUCUCCAGAUCAGCCGAGACCCCUUCUCUCAGCGGGAGUAAUCCACUUCAAACCCACCGACCUCACCGCCCUCCGCGCACGCAUCGAGCGCGACGACCCCGAACGUAGAUCCGGCUCACAAGGUCUCCAUAUCCCACCCUCUCUGGUUUGGCGAACGAUUACCCACUAUCGCCGCUGGCCGAGCUUCAUCUCCACCUUUGCCGUCUUCUCCACCUGGAGUCCGCUCACAACAUACACCCCCUCCAUCCUCGUCUCGCUGGGCUUCAACCGCAUCCAAGCCAACGCGCUCGCUUGCGUGGGAGGUUUCAUCGCUCUAGGUGUAGUCUUCUUCUUCGGCUGGCUCUCCGAUAAAUCGAACAAACGCGGCAUCACAGUCAUGAUCGCGCAGUCCUGUUACCUCACUAUCCUCAUCGUCGCGUACGCUGUGCAUCCACAUGUAGGAAGGUGGUCGCGGUACGCGCUGUGGACUUUUGUGAAUGCUUUCGCAAUUGGAUACCAUCCUGUGCAUAAUUCUUGGGUGCAGCUUAAUUGCAAAGAACCUAGGGAACGCAGUGUGGCGAUUGCUAUGUGGGUUAUGAGUGCGAUUAGUGGGUUAAUGGUUGGGACGCAGUAUUUUAGGGGCGAUGAUGCGCCGUUCUAUCAGAGGGGAUUGAUGAUCAUGAUUUGUAUGGUUUCGGUGGGGAUUCUGUUUGCGGGGUUGCAGUGGUGGGUUUAUGUGCAAUAUAACGAAAAGGCCGAGAGGAGGCGGGAUAGAGAAGGCGGCGAGAAGGAGUGGGUUUAUGUGCCUUGA